AUGACCGAAUCGGACGACAAAGUAAAGGUGAUGAAGUCGAGAAGGGCGAGCCGGCCCAAGGUCAAGACCGGCUGUCAUAUUUGCAAAACUCGAAGAGUCAAGUGCGACGAGACGCGGCCACAAUGUUUAAAUUGCGUGCGAUCAGGGAGGACUUGUGGAGGAUUCCCAGCCCACAAAAGGACUCUUGAGGCUGCGGUUCCAAUUGCGCCGCGUCCGGGCAGCAUUGCGCCCUUCUCAACGUCUCCUCCCUCGUCCGUCUCAUCAUCCUCAACCUCCCCUCCCGCUGCCUUGUCGAUUGUCCCCCGGAAACCAAGGCGUGCCGUCCAACGACCGCGUCCUCCUCCCCCAGCUCCUUCCGCUACGGCCGGGCAUCUCUCGCCCACAAUAUAUGCGCCCGGAGCUUUAGCAUUUGAUGUCCAGGAAGGCCAGUACUUCCAGGUCUUUCGAACGCAUACGGCGAAUGAAUUAUCCGGUUUCUUUGAUUCGGAGUUCUGGACGCGGAGUGUGCUACAGGAGAGCCACUCAGAAGCCUCGAUACGGCAUGCGGUGGUGGGAUUAGGAGCCCUGUACAAGACCUUGGAGAAGGCGUCAGAGUCACCUCCUGGUUCGCCAGACAAUAAUACAUUCGAUACGGCACCAAACCAUUACAAUUUUGCUCUGCAGCAAUACGGCAAAGCACUCACGAGACUCCGAGAAGCAUUGCAGAAUCAUGAAACACGAUCACAGCGAACUAUACUAAUAUCAGUCGUCCUCUUUACCUGUUUUCAAUCGUUCACCGGUGACCACAAAGCAGCAAUCUCACAGAUUCAGCAUGGGCUUGGCCUGCUUGAGGAGCGACGGCAAGAGGCCAAGCAACAAUUUACCAAUCGAGGCGAGGAUGUUGAGGACGAGCUUGUCCAGAUGUUUACGCGCCUUGCGAUCCAGGCCAAGUCAUACGAUAUGGCCUUCCACUUCCCUCACCCCUACGUAAUUCGCCUUACGCCGACGCGCAAUCCAACCUCACCGCAAUCACCCUCAUCCCCUUCCGAUGCCGCCUCUACCGCGUCCGUGGAACCCCCUCUACCAGAUGUCUUCGCAACAUCCCAGGAAGCGCGGUCGGCAUUAGACUCCCUCUGCGAACGCAUAAUGCGUUUCAAAGAAGCCCUGUCUUCCUACUACCAGGGACCCAACGAUAUUUUACCUGUCUCGGUGAAAUCGUCAGGCGCUGGAUUUCGUAUCCAGCUGGCUCAAUGGGCAUCGGCCUUCGAGCCACUUCUGCAGACUCGACGGAAACCCGGCAUAUCUAACACCGAGCGUGCAGGUAUUAACGUUCUCAAAAUGACACAUCUUAUGACCGCCGUGCUCUUUCUGAUGGGGUUCAGCACAUCUGAAAUGGAUUUCGACAGCUUUAUGCCGCAUUUCAGAGAGAUCGUGGAGCUAGCGAAAGAGGUGGUCGUUGACGAAGAAUUGACCCUGGCCCAGGCGAGAUGUGGCAACCGUGCGAACUGUAGCCACCGACAGCGUCAAAAUAAAUUACUUACUUUGUCCGGCAUGGCCCUGCAUCCGCCUGGGAUAUAUGAAGAUGAGGAUGGUUUCGCCCACAUCAAAGCUUCUUUUGCCUUGGAUCUCGGAAUCAUCCCCCCGCUUUUCGUAGUCGCGACAAAGUGUCGGGAUAGAAGGGUGAGGCGAGAUGCAAUCAAGCUGCUGAUGAGUAGCCCGAGGAGAGAAGGUAUGUGGGAUAGCAUACUGUCCGGAAGGGUAGGCCAGUGGAUUAUGGAGAUUGAAGAGGAGGGAUUAGGGGAGUAUCUCGGAUAUGGUAUGGGGACUAUGGAUGGCGCUUUCGUGGAGAGGGAGAAGAGAGUGAUGGUGAAAGAGAUUCUAUUUGAUAUGCAGAGACGAGAAGCAACGCUAAGAUGUGGCACGAGAGGUUCGUGGGAUAGAGAUCCGGAUCCAAAGGCGAGAGAGACGCAUAUAUUUUGGUGA